UAGAUUCAGUGUUAAUGCGCAUGUGCAGUUGCAUCUACAAUUUCCUCUUCGCUGGAACUGAUUGUGACGUUAUUGGAGUCCAGUGGUAUUAGUUUUUUUAUUUCACGGACUGUUUUUGCUCAUUAAUAGGAUUUCGAGUGUCUUUUAUGAGUAAUCAAAGGCAGCAGAAGCCUACGCUCACAGGCCAGCGUUUCAAAACCCGCAAAAGAGAUGAAAAGGAGAGGUUUGACCCUUCCCACUUUCAAGAAAGCAUAGUACAAGGUCUGAACCAAUCUGGCACUGAUUUGGAAGCUGUUGCAAAGUUCCUUGAUGCCUCUGGUGCCAAACUCGACUACCGACGCUAUGCUGAGACUCUAUUCGACAUCCUGGUGGCUGGUGGAAUGCUGGCCCCAGGAGGCACCUUGUCAGAUGACCUGACCUGCACACAGUUCUGUCUCUUCAAAGCACAAGAGGACAUGGAGACUAUGCAGGCAUAUGCCCAGGUCUUUAACAAGCUGAUCAGGCGUUACAAGUACUUGGAGAAAGGGUUUGAGGAGGAGAUUAAAAAGCUGCUGCUGUUUCUCAAGGGCUUCACCGAGUCUGAGCGCAACAAGCUAGCCAUGCUAACAGGAAUUCUGCUGUCCAACGGCAAUCUCUCUGCAGCUAUUCUCAGCAGUCUCUUCAAUGAGAACUUAGUCAAAGAAGGUGUUUCUGCGUGCUUCGCUGUAAAACUCUUCAGAUCCUGGCUUACUGAAAAGGACAUCAACUCCGUUUCUGCCAGUCUCCGUAAGGUUGGCAUGGACAGCAGGCUCAUGGAGCUGUUCCCUGCCAACAAGCGCAGUUGUGAGCACUUCUCCAAGUAUUUCUCAGACGUCGGUCUGAAGGAGCUUGCGGACUUUGCUAGAAACCAGCGGUCCAUAGGUGCUCGCAAGGAGCUGCAGAAAGAGCUGGAGGAGCAGAUGUCACGUGGGGACCCCCUCAAAGAUAUCAUCAUCUACGUCCGAGAUGAAAUCAAGAAGAACAACAUCUCCGAGCAGACGAUGAUUGGACUGAUUUGGUCCAGUGUAAUGAGCUCCGUGGAGUGGAACAAGAAGGAGGAGCUGGUCACAGAACAAGCCAUCAAACUUUUAAAGCAAUACAGCCCACUGUUGAAGGCUUUUACCUCCCAGGGCCUCUCUGAGCUCACUCUCCUGCUGAAGAUCCAAGAGUACUGUUACGACAACAUCCAUUUCAUGAAGACAUUCCAGAAGAUUGUUGUGCUGCUCUACAAAGCGGAUGUCUUGAGUGAGGAGGCAAUUCUGAAGUGGUAUAACGAAGCCCACAUUGCCAAAGGAAAGAGCGUUUUUCUUGAACAGAUGAAGAAGUUUGUUGAAUGGCUCAAGAAUGCAGAGGAAGAGUCCGAGUCCGAGGAAGAGGAGGCAGACUGAUGACCUCUAGCUAAAGCUACAAUUUUGAUUAGUAUUUUUUGCAUUAACAUAGCAUAACUGAUGCAGUAAAAAAGACUUGUUACAGAAGUCUGUCUGUAUUUAUUAUUUUCCUUCUUUAAUGAAUCCCUACCUCCUAAUAUCUAGUUCAACUGUAAUGUAAGGGCUUUAAUAUUGUUUUAAUUUUCAACAUUUCUUCUGUCUGAAACAUUGCUUGUACUCUUCUUUAUACUCCUUCAGGAGCCGGUCACUGUGCCACAUUUAGCUAAAUUGAUCGAAACCCCUUUCAUGUAACAAAGGGGCAUUUUAGUUUGUGCACAGACGGUUCCCUUUAAACUGAGCCAGUUUGGAGGCAUAUUUCACAGCUAUUGUAUUUAGUCAUGGAACUCUUACUUGCCAGAGGUCCAUCUGUGUCGCCCAGAUAUUUCAGCCCUCUGUAAGGCAAACGAUUCUUUUGUAACCUCAUUUUACAUGUCUGCCAAUUAUAUGACAACUUUGAAUUUCUUUCCCGUUUUUAAGAUUGCGCCUCCAUUAUUGGUGAUGGAGGUGUGACAUUAAAAAAAAAAAAUGCAAUGGUCACAUUUGCGAUGCCCCAUAAAUUGAACUUUUAAUUGUUUUAUACAUCUUGUGUAACGGAACCAUGCAAGCAUUGUAUUUUUCUGUUUUUCCUUUACCAUACAGUUUGACUUUUUAAAAUAAAGAGGAAUUAAUGGUUUUCA